AUGGCAAUGGCUGUAAACAUUACCUAUGCGACCGCGUCCAACGACAUGGUCCACAACGUAGACGGCACAGAUUUCGUCUACAAUGCUGGAGACAUCGCCUGGACACUCGCCUCGACAGCCCUCGUCUGGAUCAUGAUCCCCGGUGUGGGCUAUCUCUACUCGGGUCUUCUCCGCCGUAAGAAUGCCCUUAACCAACUCUGGCUCUGUAUGGUCACCGUUGGUGUCGUUUCCUUCCAGUGGUACAUCUGGGGCUACUCACUCGCCUUUUCGGAGACCGGAAAUGCUUUCAUCGGUGAUCUCAAGUAUGCUGCUCUCGUCGGUGUCCUCGACGCGCCCUCGAUGGGCUCAACUCGCAUCCCCGCAAUCGUCUUUUGCGUCUACCAGCUCAUGUUCGCGGCUAUUACUCCCAUGCUCGCCGUCGGUGCCAUCGCCGAGCGCGGUCGUCUGGGUCCGAUGAUGGUCUUCGUCUUCAUCUGGUCCACUCUCGUCUACGACCCAAUCGCCAACUGGACAUGGAACGCCAACGGCUGGUCCUUCAAGAUUGGCGGUCUCGAUUUCGCGGGUGGCACGCCAGUCCACAUUUCCUCUGGCACCGCCGCGCUAGCCAUUUCCAUCUAUCUUGGCAAACGUCGCGGCUACGGAACUGAACGUCUCGCUUACAAGCCACACAAUUCGUCCUAUGUCGUCUUAGGCACCGCUCUCCUCUGGUUCGGCUGGUUUGGCUUCAACGGAGGUUCAGCACUCUCUGCAAACAUGCGUGCCGCCAAUGCAUGCAUCAUCACCAACCUCGCCGCUUCCGUUGCCGGUCUCACCUGGAUGCUCUGGGAUUACCGUCUCGAGCGUAAAUGGUCCGUUGUCGGUUUCUGCUCUGGUGGCAUCGUCGGUCUCGUUGCCAUCACACCCGCUUCUGGUUUCGUCGGUCCAUCCGCCUCUGUCGCAUUUGGUGUCGUCGCCGGUACCGUGUGCAACUUUGCCACAAAGCUCAAGUUUAUCUUCAACUAUGAUGACCCGCUCGAUAUCUUUGCCUCUCACGGUGUCGGUGGUAUGGUCGGUAACAUCCUCACCGCCCUCUUUGCCCAGAAGCAGGUUGCCGCUCUCGACGGCUUCUCCGUCAUCAACGGUGGCUGGAUCGACCACAACUGGGUCCAACUCGGCUACCAGCUCGCAGACUGCUGCGCCGGUUUCGGCUACUCGCUCGUCAUGACCACCCUCAUCCUCUGGGUCAUGCACUUUAUCCCCGGCCUUCGUCUGCGCGCCACUGAAGAGGCAGAGAUUGUCGGUAUCGAUGAUGCCGAGAUGGGAGAGUUUGCCUACGACUAUGUUGGCAUUGAUGCCGAUCUCGGACCAAAAGAGUCGGAGAUGCGCGCAGAGAGCCCGCCCCUCGCUGAAAAGGAGGAGCCUCAUGCUCACCAUGCAUAG